UUUAGGGCUAGAAAGCGAGCGAGGUCUGGCGCUGCGCAUAGCAGUCGUGCCAUCGGGAAAAGACAAUAUCCCCCGCGCGUAGCAGAGACACAUCAGAGCCCCUCAGGCACAACACCUCAAGUGGUCGACAGAUAGAGUGAUUGAUACACGAAAGGGGGGAAAAGGAAAUAGGAUCACAUAGAAAUAAGGAUCAGCUGAUUUCCUCAUGUUUGGAUGUGACUGCUCAGCAAUCGUUAAUGCGUAACGCUCAACACUCCCUCAUGUGAGGGUGUAGAAUGGAAACAACCCUCUACCCAGGCACCGUGGUGAAUACUCCGAGGGUCCCCAGCAUCUAUUCCCAGAGCACGAUGAUGAAGAAGGAUAUUAAUCUGAACCUGGACGACCAGAACUCCUCCGAGCUCAAAUCAAACCCGCUCCGAGACACAGACGGACUUCUCAACUCUCCAGACUUGGGACUCUUGAAACUAACCUCUCCGGACCUGGAGCGCCUUAUUAUCCAGUCAAACGGUCUGGUCACCACCGCCAACCCGACCUCCCAGUUCCUCUACCCGAAGUCGGCCAGUGACGAGCAGGAGUUCGCGGAAGGUUUCGUCAAGGCGCUGGAGGAUCUCCACAAGCAGAAUCAGCUGAGCGAGGCGGGGUGCGUCUCUGUGGACAGACUGGAGCUCCUCGGAUCCACCAACGCGGUGGGGACCGCCGGGCUCCAGACAUCAGACCUUCCUGUAUACACUACUUUGAACGGUUAUGCGGCCAGUCCGCUCGGAGCCACCACAAUCAACUACUCCACGGACACCAUCCCCUUCCCGCCGCCUCCGUCUCAUCUGGCCAGCGCGCAGCAACAGGCGGUCGCUGCGGCGGCGGCUCUGUCACGACUCCAGUCUGCCGGUUUGGUGAAGGACGAACCUCAGACGGUACCAGACAUGCAGAGCUUCGGGGACAGCCCCCCUCUGUCUCCUAUUGACAUGGACAACCAAGAGCGCAUCAAGGCGGAGAGGAAAAAGCUGCGGAACAGGAUAGCCGCCUCCAAAUGCCGCAAAAGAAAACUGGAGAGGAUAUCUCGGCUGGAGGACAAGGUCAAGAGCCUGAAAACGCAGAAUACCGAGCUGGCAUCCACAGCCAGCGUCCUCAGGGAGCAAGUGGCCCAGCUGAAGCAGAAGGUGAUGAACCACGUCAGCAGUGGGUGCCAGCUUUUGCCAAACCAGGUCCAGGCUUACUAAACCCCUGUAAUGGUGCUCUUCAUGGAUGAUUUUUUACAGCUCUAAAUAUGCUCUGAGGAUACAGGCCUGUAUUAUGAGGAUCAUUUACCUUUAGUAAUCUAAAGUCCUUAUCAGAGACUUGAUAAUGAGGCCACUGUAAAUGCACCCUCCAGAUAAUAAAGCCUGUAACUGAGAAACCAAACAGACAUCUGCAUUUGCAGUGUAGAGAUGAACAGGCCUUGAUGAGAGCUGGACAAUGACAGGUUAACCAGCAGCAGGUGAGGGCUGCAGCCUCCUUUGAUUCAUGAAAAUCUGUCAGUGUUGUGCAGCAAACAGACUUAUUUUGUUGCCCUAAUGGGUUUUAUUUUUAUUUUUUUAUUUUUUUGGGGGGGAGGGGGGAGCCAUGUAGCAAACUGCUAUCCAGUGGACUGGUGAAGGAUAGCAUUUAUCUGUGUGUGUAAGCUGGACAAUCUCAACAAGAGUGCAACCAAACACCAGGGUGUCACCAAGUGCUGUCAUCCACCGUGUAAUAUAAUGCCUUACUUGUUUACAAGCACUUAGCAAUGACAAAUAUAUAUAUAUUUUAUUUACUGAAACAUUUCUUAUGGUCUUACUUCUUGUUGUUCUUUUUAUUUUUUCUUUAUGCAAAAACGAACACUGCAUGUCUUGUCGCUUUUGUGUACAGUAACCAUUGUAUUUUUCAUUGUGGUGGCUGCUGUGUAGUUCUCCAGUCGCCACUUCCAUGAAUGUAUGUGUACAUGCUGAGAAACCCUAUGUAUCCAUGUGUAAUGGACUUUCAAGUCUCUACCUGACAUUUAUUAAAUUCACUACAUUCUAA